AAAAGGAAAUAAAAUUAAAUAGCAACAAAUUUGCAACACAUAUAUUUUUCAAGUCUUUUUUUAGUGCAUUAGUUCUGUCUUUGUAUUACCUUCUCCUACAAAACAUCAACACAUCUACAGGAAAUAAAUAUCCACAUUCACACUUAAAGAAUAGACAUUCGAGGAUAUUAUAUCAAGACAUUCCUUCAUUUUUAAAAGGAUCCCGAGCUAAUAAUACUACCGAAGGACAGAAGAAAAAUCCAUUUCCAUUUAAACAUGCUGAUAAUAACAGUUCUGGAAAUGUGGAUAAACAGAAUGAAGACUUGAAAAAAAAGCUUUCGAGCGACAACCAAUUGAAAACCAACACGGGGAAGCAAGAAGAAUAUAAUAAAAACGAAAUCAUGUUCAGGGUUCAGGGUUCACAUAUUAUAUUUAUUCUUGCACGCUUAU